AUGUUAUCUUUAAUUACAUCGUUUCUUCCGAGUUUACCUGGAUGGCUGACGCUUGAAGCAAACCCCCUGGACAGUGUACUCCAAGGACUUGUCGGGGCAUGUGGGAUCUCUGUUCUCUGUAACCUGUUGAGAGUACACGUAUUCUUAGAGGCUGAAAGUUCAAGCAACAAAAGCAGCAGUAAAGAGACAUCUAUGCAGAAGAAACCAAGGCAUCAAGCCAGUGCUAAAAUUGGGCUGAGUGGAACUCUCCAGUUCUUGUUCCUGUCAGUGAUGCUGGCUGUAGUGGGCUCUCGGGUUGCCUCCCUGGUGGUUCUAGAGUUCUCCCUCAGAGCAGUGUCAGCUUGGGUCACAGCUGGACCAGAGUCCAGUAGGUUCCUACAGCAGCUGCUGGUCCAGUGCCAGUUCUCCCUGGGUUGUGCCCUCAGCUGCAGUCUCCAUUUCCUCCACGAGGGGGCGCCACAGCGCUGGCUCUGCCUCCUCUUAGCUGCAGGACUGAGCUGGUUCCUGGCCAGCCAGACUGGGCGCCUACGGCUCCAUGUCAUUUCACUGUACAAACUACACAGUUCCCAGCGCUACUGUGGAGUGUGCAUUGCACUGCUCACAUCAGGUUGCUCUUUGUUACCACACCUGACCAGGGCCCUUAUGCUCAGCUUUGCAGUGGCUGCCAUUUCCGCCAUAUCUAUAAUAAACAAACACUUCCUCUCAGCUACAGAAGCCCUCAGGUUCUGGACUCCACUGACAAUCUGCUACACACUGCUGGUGGUGUAUAUGCAGGAGGAGCAACAUCACCAGCCAAGUGGCCAAGCUGUUAUAAACACAGUGGUGGUGCGUCUGGGGGGGCUCAUGGUCCUGAUGCUGACUGUCGGCCGCUGGGCAGAUGUGCUCCAUAUCCUUCUGUGCUUCCUGGGUGAGGCUGGCUGUCUGAUACCCUCCAGAGACCUGUUGGAUGCUACAACACAGGAUAUGGAGGAAGUUCCCAGACAUUCCCAGGGAAGUGAGAACCGGAGGAGACACCUGACACCUGGCAAAGACCACCAGAGUUAAGUCAUGGGAAGAAACUAUUUGUGCUGGGAAACUUUCUUAUGCAAUAGUCUAUUAUAUUCUAUGAUUAUAAUCAUAUCAAUUAUUGACAAGUGUUGACUUUUAUACCUAGGAAGGAUAUAAUGAAAAUAAUAAUAAAAUGGUAUUAUGACACA